AUGAUCCGUGAUGCACAUGGUCGGAAAAUCUCCAAAUCGCUUGGGAAUGUCAUUGAUCCCCUUGACGUGAUAAAUGGUAUAACACUUGAAGAACUCCUCAAACGUUUGGAAGAAGGAAAUCUGGAUCCAAAUGAACUGGAAAUUGCAAGAGAAGGGAAGAAGAAAGAUUUUCCUGAUGGAAUUCCUGAAUGUGGCACUAAUGCCCUCCGCUUUGCACUGAUUUCUUACACUUCUCAGUCUGAUAAGAUAAAUCUGGAUAUCAAGAGAGUGGUGGGGUACAGACAAUGGUGCAAUAAAUUGUGGAAUGCCAUUCGUUUUGCAAUGGUCAAGCUUGGUGGACAGUACACUCCGCCGGCAACUGUUGUUGUGUCUCAGAUGCCACCAAUUUGUAAAUGGAUACUCUCAGUACUUAACAAGGCUAUUGGGAAGACUGUCAGCUCAUUAGAAGCAUAUAAAUUCACAGAUGCAACAUCUGCUAUAUACUCAUGGUGGCAGUACCAACUAUGUGAUGUAUUCAUAGAGGCCAUAAAACCGUACCUUUUCAAUGACUCUCAAGAGUUCGAAUCAGCCAGAGCUGCCUGUAGAGAUGCAUUAUGGAUUUGCCAGGACACCGGCUUGCGCCUGCUUCACCCAUUCAUGCCCUAUGUAAGAGAAGAGUUAUGGCAGUGGCUUCCUCAGCCUAAAUAUUCUUGCAGGAAAGGUUCCAUCAUGUUAUCAGAAUACCCAUCUGUUGUUAAGGUAAACACUCAAGAUGAUUGUAAGUAG